AUGGGCAGCCGACUCCUCAGCCCCAGCGCCCACCCAGCGCCCUGGUGGAGACCACAGCCCGGAGGACCCGGCCCCGCCAAGCGGCCCCGGGCGGCGGCCGCGCUCACCUCCGUGGUGGUCCUGGCCCCGGGCUGUGCCCUGCAGCUGCACCUGGACGGCGUCGACUUGGUGCUGCAGCCCGAGCCGACGUCGGUCCUGCAAGUGUCUCUCGGAGCGCACACCCUCACGCUGGUCCCCCAGGCCCUCUGGGGCUCCGGCGACGACCGCUGCGGAGGGCAGGCGCACUCGCCUGUCGGCCUGGAACCCCGCGCUCUCCUGGGCGCUCCCGGGGAAGACCUCGCCGUCCAGCAGGGGUUCCUCUACCCACGUGCUCCAGAGAUCGCCGCCCAAGAAGAGACCUACGGCGAGGAAGCGGACCCCGAGUUCCUGACCCCUUGGAUGGACGCUGCAGCCGGCUCGGUCCCUGGAAGGGGCUUCGGCUGGUACCCGCACAGCCCCCUCGCGGAGCCCUCGCCUCAGGCCCCCACCCCUAGUCCAGAGAGACGCUCUCCUGGUCCCUAUUUCAACCUGGACUCCCACCUUCUGGAGCCUUUCCCCAACUCGCCACUCCAGCCCCUACCCCCCUCUCCCAGUCCAGGUCCUCACGAGCGCCCCCAGCGCCCUCCGGGUCCUGCGCGCAAGGCCCGGAGACGCCUGUUCCAGGAGUGA